AUGAGCGAACAACUAAUCAGCCAACUAUGCAUGACCUUCGAUUCCAUGAUUUCAUCAGACAACCAAGUUAGAUCUUAAGCCGAAAGCUAUCUUAAGCAGAUUCAAACAUCAGACGGCAUCAUCCAGAGCUUGCUCUAUAUCUCUACUAAUCCUCAAGAGUUCAACAAAGGCAAGCAAUUCGAUCUCUCAGCAUAAGCUGCUCUUUAUCUCAAACUUAGAGUUCAAUAAAGUUGGGGAGAGGAACAAGGCAAGGAAAAUUUUAACUCAAACAACAAGCCAGAACACAACUUCAGUAUGCCUCUAAACUAUCAGGAUAAAGAGUUCCUGAGACAAAAUAUCUUCAAAGCUCUUGAUUAAGCCUCAAGCAAGCCAAUCCAGUCAGCUUUUGAGAACAUAAUUUUCAACAUUGCCGAGUGUGAUUACCCGGAAAAUUGGAAAAGUGCAAUCUCAGAAAUAGAGGGUCGCUUGAAGUCAGGCAACGAGUUAGCUUAGAUUUCUGGUCUGACCGCAGUUAAAGAGAUUCUUGUAGCAUUCCAAUACCAAGUCAAGGAAGAGAGAGCUCCACUUAACAUGACAGCUGAGUACUUCUUCCCAAUGCUAGAGCAUAUCAUGCAGAAUCUUACUUCUACUCAAACAGAAAAUCAGAUCACUUUGAUGCAUUUAAUUUCAAAGAUUUUCUAUUCCGCAAACGAGCUCUAACUUACUCCUUACUUCAUGAAUCAACCUCAAAGAAUCUCUCCUUGGAUGAAUUUCUUUGUCAGCAUUCUUGAGACAGAGCUAGGUCCCCAAUUCGAGACACCAACUGAUAGCUGCCAGCAAAUCGAGGCUCUAGACAAGCAACAAUGCUGGAGACUAAAGGGAAUUGUAUCCUAGAGCUUGCUUAAAUUAUUCCAGAAAUUUGGCACGGGUUAUAUCGUCCAAUAAGGCCAAUAGCAACAAAAUAUCUUCAGCUAGUACUUUGAGAUGAGUCACACUUCCCAAAUUCUGAACUGUCUCCUCAAAAUCAUACUAAGUAAGCUUACUAAAUUUGUGGGCACCAAGACGCUAUGCUCUGCUCUUAAGACUGUUCAAGUAUCUAUUAAGUACAAAAACACCAGAAGACAGAUUCAAGACCACAUCAACACCAUCUUAUAUGAAGUUUCACUUCCAUUAAUGCUUUUGAAUGAGAACGAGUUCUCAUUGAUGACUGAGAACCCUAUUGAAUACGUGAGAAUGCAAGUUGAUCAGUCGAAUCCCUUCAAUGCCAAGCAAAUCGUAAAGACCUUAGUGAAGUCAAUCUGUAGCAUUAAGCAAACAAGAGGCCAAAAGAUCUCAAACUAUCUGUAGAAUUACUUGCAAGUCCUAGCAACUAAUCUACAGCAGGCCAAUGAUGACUUCAGAGUCAAAGAAGCAAUCAUGCACUCCCUUGGCAGUAUCAAGGAUCACAUUAAUGCAAGCCCAGAGUUAUCUCACAACAUGGAAGGCUUGUUAAAAGAAUUUGUUUUUGGUGAACUCAAGACUGACAAUCCAUUCCUAAGAGCAAGAGCUUGCUGGCUCUAUGGUCAGUUUGCAAAGCUCGAUUUCCAAGAUCAAGAUCACCUCAGAUGCGUUCUCAAUGAAUUGUUUACCAGCUUGUCAAAUGAGCAUCUCCCAGUCAGAGUUGAAUCUGCUCUUGCUUUGAACAGUCUUUUAUGCCACGAUUUAGCCAUUGAUUUCUUGAGACCUGGCCUAGAGACCUUACUAAAAACCUAUCUAAAGAUCAUGGACGAUAUUGACUUUGAUGAGCUAGUUGAAUCGCUCUAGCAACUAGUCAAUGUGUAUCAAGAUGAAAUCGCUCCAUACGCUAUUUCCCUUUGCUCUAAAUUGGGAGAAGCUUACUUGAAACUGCUCCAAAGCAAGGGUUCAGGCGAAGAUGAGGAUUAAGAGACUAGUUUGACCUGCGAUGGCUUGAUGACUGCUAUUAGAAGAGUACUUGAGUCCAUCAGCGGCAAAAACUAUCAAGAGUUGUAUCCCCAACUUGAGGAAAUCUUAGAACAACCACUCUAAGCUACCUUCACUGAGGCAGGCUAAAUGUCAGUAGAAGAGGGUAUUACUUGCCUAAGUGAACUAUUGUACAACCAGAAUGAAAUUAGCAUGAGAAUGUGGAACUUCUAUGGCAUCAUUAUUGACUUAAUUGCCAAUAACAGAGGAGUUUUAGAUGAAUACACUCAUGCAGUAUGUGUGCCACUCAUAAACUUCAUGUCAAAGAAUCCAGAGCAAUUUAGAAAUGCAAACUUCGGCAACCAAGGUUCAGCCCUUGAUAUGAUGUUCAAUCUUAUUGGUAAGAUCUUUGAAGUUGCAAAGAUCAAGGAAGAUGAAAUUGAAGCUAUGUGCGCUAUAACUUUGAUCAUGUCUCUUCUUGAAAACGUUCAGGGUAUUGAGUCCUCACUCCACAACAUUAUCGAAUAUUUAAUCAAAGAGCUCUAAACUGCUGAGACUCCAGACUACAAGAGCAUGAUCAGUUAAGGCAUCUGCAUAAGCUUAUGGCACAACACUCACAUGACUCUUAUGUCACUUGAGUAAUUAGGUUGCACUCAAAACUGGAUUAAUUUGCUUUUCUCACAAUUAAACGACAUCAAAUAAGACUUUGAGAUCAAGAGAUUUGUCAUUGGUUUAACCAGUCUCAUCUAAAAGGAUUAAUCUGAACUCCCACCAUCAGUUUAAGAAUAACUCCCAGGUAUCAUGAAGGCCCUCGUCUUCUUAUGCUAGAAGAGUAUUGUUAUCAGAGAAAAGAAUCUAUAAAAGCAAAAGGAUGAAGAAUGUGAGGAUGAAAACAUUGAAUAAGCCAUUAUCGAGGAUCAAGAAGAUGAUUGCGAGAUCAUGUCUGAUGAGGAUGAUGACGAAGACUACGACUGUAAUGAGGAUCUAGACAGAAAUCUCUACGACUCUAAGUUUGAUGAGAUGGACGAAGUCAUCUUCUUCAGAGAUGCUUUCAUGGAUCUCUAACUACGCCUUCCAAAUAUGUACAGUUUCCAUCUUUCAUGCCUUGACAAUCAAGAACAUUAAAACUUUGAACAAGCUAUCAACAAAGCAAUUGAGUAUUAACAAAUGAUCGCCCAAGAGCAAAACUAGUAAAAUUGA